AUGAAGCCCUUCGUCAUGGCCUCGAACGCCGGUACCAGCCCCACUCGUACAACCAGCCUGUCCGGAAGUGCUCGCUCCCCAUCUCAACAAGCCCCCAAAAAGAAGGAAAAGACGCCCAAAGCCCGUGAUGGAGGCGAGAAGCUAUCAGUGCCGCCCUUCAAGGAUAGACGGCAGCUGGUUGCGGAAUUGGAGCGUGCUCGUUCCGCACUGAAGGAAGAUCGAACCAGGAAUGAAGCGUACGACUGCCUGUUGGCAGAAGCGGGGAGAGUCGCCGCAGAAGAUUCACAACAAUGCCAUGACCUACGUGUCAGGCUCAUGCAAACGUUGGAAGAGCUCACGCAAACUACGACACAGCUCCAUCAGGCUCAUACGGAAUCCUCGAGAAUUGCUGGGGACCACAGGGUCGCCAUCGGGAGAGUGGGGGAGUUAGAGAAGGAAGUGGUCGGUUUGCGGAGAGAGAUGGAUGACAAGGUUCAGCAGAAGACUGAGAAGUGUGCCCGUGUAGCAGAUGAGCGGACGCAGAUGAUCGAGUACAAUACGUCACUUCUGCGUCGACUCAGCGUUGCCAAAGCAGACGCCGGGAAGCAACGUCUCAACACCGAAACCAUGCGUGAGCGGUCUGACAUCGUGCUGCGUACUACAAACCAGACCGAGCAAGCUCUCAAGCAUCUGCAGUCACGAUUUUCUGAGCUGGAAGACCAAGUCAGCAGCUGCCAGCACAACGAGUAUCUCGCCGCCUUCGAGCUGUCGCAGUCUACGGAAGCUCAAGCCCGCCUUCGACAUGAAUUACGGCGCUUUCAGCAUGGUCGAUGCGACGUCGUCGCUCAUCUUCUAUCUGCACAACAGCUGAACGCUCGCACCCAACAGGAUCUUUCCGAUGCUUUAAGACUGGCUGAAGGCACGCCGCUUCAGACUUACGGUCAUGGUGAGGUAUCCAAGUAUUCAGCAACAACAGCUUGUGCUGCAGCCACCGCUGACACGGCCGCCACAUCUUCGAACGAUGUUGCUGAAGACCAUGUUAUUUCACAGCAACAUGAUCAACUCCUGUCCGGUCAUGCCAUGUUGGAGAGACCCGAGGGCCACGAUGAUGAAAUGGCUCUCGCGCGCACAACAGCCAUGUCAUACAUACGCUUCAGCAUCUCUGGGAGCUCAGCUAGCUCUAUCAACUCUUCCGCCGAACAAGCUUCCACUGGUGCCGACAAAGACAACUUCCAGAAAUCUGUUGCUCCGCCGGGCAUGGACAGUGUGGCAACUGGGUAUCCACGGCAGCCGGGCAACGCGCCGCCGCCAAAGCGACCGCGCAAAUGGGACGAGAUGGAUGCGCAUUCCCGCAAGAAGCAGCGUCCGUGGAACUCUUACAGGCCUUCUUAUCCGAGUUGA